CCUUGACUUCAAGUCCUGCUACCCCUCUAUCCUUCUCUCCAAGUGAAUCUGAUGAGAAGCCUCUUCCUUCCAAGAAAAAACCUCUAUUAAUAGUCUUAAAAGGAAGAAAGAACAAUUGCUAGAUAUGGUGGAGGAUUUUACUCGAAGCAAUGAAUUACUGAAAAAGGAUAUAGAGAAUAAGAGGCGGUUUCUCGAUCAGCAGAAAACUGAGAACUUGGAGUUGAAAGCAAAGAAACAGAAGUUCAGUCAGCCAGAAGAGCCACGUUUCGAAACAAGUAAAGGCUUGAAUCUUGAGGUACAAUUGACCCAUAUAUUUUCAAUGGAGACUGAAAAUACUACUACUAGUCAAGAUUAUCAUCAUCAACAACAGCGGAUUUCUACCAGGGUUUAUCAACAACCGUUCAUCAUGGAUCCGACGGUUUGUAAAUCAGGAAUGAACAAGAAUUCUCGAUAUCCAUUUGGUCAAAUGAUCUCCUGGUUACCAUCAAACACUGGAGGAUUAAGCAAGGUUCAUGAUAGCGUGGGCCCACUUGGUCUUCCUGAUCUGAACGUUUCUGCAGAGGAGGAAGUUCUCGGAUUUAGCUCUUUAAAAAUGAUUGAUCGGGAGACCGCAACUAAGGCUAAAGCUGCUCAAGCAAGGUUAAAAAGGAUGCAAAUUUGCAGGUCCAAGAAUUACAAUGCUGCGUGUAAAGCUCGUUACCCUUUUAGAUGAUUUUGCCUUUUUUCUUUUUUUAUCGCGGAAUUUUCGUAUCAAAAUUGUAAACUAGAAUGGUUUUAUAAGAGGACUUAGCGGAUUUGGUAUAAUAUUCAUAAAUCCGUGAGUAUCUUCAAUGAUUAUUCACUGGAAGAUUUUAAACUUAUUGAGCAAUCUUUUAGCUUUGGAUGUAAAAAGCGAAAGCCCAAAGGGGACGCGAGAGAAUCUAAAAUGGGAAAAGGAGAGGUGUGCCGAUAGUGAUUUAAGGAACGUGGGAUUAGCUAUAUCUGCAGCACGCGCCGACAGCGAGAGAGAUGGGACUUGAAUAGAAGUAUGGAACCAAUCUGAUUGAAUUAGGCUCCUGAGACCCAUUUUUGAUAUGUAUACAAUCCAGGUGAGGUAACUGACUUUGAGACAGUUUCAUGGGCAUUUUUUAUUCCUCCACCCAUGUUUUGCUUUGGGUUUUUGUUUAGCAUGAUCUGAGAAUAGAUUGUUGGCACAUGACCACUUGAUUCGUAGGACUGUAAAUUUAAGGAAACUAGGAGUUAAAGUGAUCCUUUUGUUUUUGUUUUUGAUAUUGUUUUCUACUUUGUCUCUUCAAAAUAAUGAUUCUAAUAAAGGCAAAAAAGUCGGCAUGGUCUCAAAGUGCCAAGCCUAUGCGGCAGCACAUUUUGCAUUUUUAGCUAUGACGAAUUUUAAUCGGUUAGACAAUCUAGCUCUCCAAAAGAAGAGAUGGAUAUAAUCAAAACUUGUUUCCUAGGAAGAGUUUUGGACUAGAGCCCAAACCUCCAGGCUCCAGCUCUAGCACCAAGUGGACAGCUCAUAAUUGGACAUAACAAAACAAUGUCCAAAACGAAGAUCCCUAGUCUGGACUUGUACAGAUAAUACACAGUUCUCAUUUUCAUCAUUGGGUUUAGCAGGGCUCCAACUACUUUUCCAAAAUUGCCUGCCUGAAUCGAACUGUUGGCUGCUAUCAAUCUAUAUAUACUUUUACUGCUCUCUGCUACCUGUAACUACCCAAAAGGUUCUUUGCUUUUAAUUCAACUUUUCUUUUACCUUUUGAAGAAUGGUAUGGUUUAUCGCCUAAGGGUACUCUCAAAAUUCGCCUAAGUUUUACCUCAUUAUUAGUUGGUUUAAAUGAGUUUUAACAUGUUAAAGUAAAACUGUAAAAUUCAGACAAUUUAGCAACCGUAUCCCCCAAGCAACCCCAAGUUAUUUUACUGUGAAAGCUUAAAGUAAUGCACGAAAAAAAGAUAAAAGAUAAAAGCAAAAAGCAAAAACUACUUUUUCCAAGUAGAAGGAAUCGUCAAGAACCUGCAACUUGGAACUGCACAUUUCUGUAAAAGCAGAGAGGAAAGUCGAAAAGCCGAUACCAUUUCAAUCCUCCCAUAUCGUCACGGGCCCUCAUCCAUUUAGGAGGGUACGAGUACAAGCCAUAAACUCUCUGAUUGGAUCGUGUUGGCGGCAGAUCUUUAAAGAGCGUGGGUUCAAGAAAAAGAUAAGUAAUUAUUGCUAAAUAUCAAUCCACUUGAGAGAGGAAAGCUUAUUUCUGCUGCAGGGUUUAGCCCUGGUUAAGUUAAGCCUUUUCCUACAGUGUCCGGACUCUGGCAUCAUGUUGUACGUCUCUCCUUAAACCGAUAGCUGUUUCCGACUAUCAACUGUUUUCUCUUUUCAGCAAGUCAGAAAUAUAUUAUGUAGAUUACCGAAGGCGGAAGGGAGGGGCUUGGGCCAAAGCCCGCUGAUAAGUCCGUCAGAAGUCAGAAACAUAUCAAAUGGGCACCUGUAGCCUGCCUGGAGGAUUCAUUUUUGACCCAUGAAGUUAAAAAAUUUGCGAGUUGCAAUAUCAAAACUUCAAAUAUCAAAACUUCAAAACACUUUUUUGUCGAAUUUGGGAAAAAAUGAACUGAUAAGAUAAUGUAGCCAAAAACCAAAAGUACAAAUUCAA